GGGCUGGAGAAUAGUGGUUGCGCCUGCGCGGAAGGCUGCAGCAGGGCGUGAGAGGAGGGUGUCGCAGGCGCGGGUACUGGGCCGGAGACCUGAGAUCGCGGGAGUGGCGCGGAGGCCAGGACGGCUUCAGACGCCUCGUCUAGGUUUUCUAUCAGAUGUUCCACCAUAAUAAUGCUGGAGUUGAGAAGUCUCCAUUCUUUUGCUCCAAACCAGAAGAUUUUGUUCCCUGUAUACAGAGUAGGAGUAAUGUUGGACAGAAACUGGCUGGUGUUUAAAACUGAAGAAUGUCAUGACUGUUUUACCUGAGCUCUUUGCUGAGGUUAAGAUAAAUUGCCUUGGAAAUACUAAAUUGGGGUAAUGCAGAUCUGUUUCUGGAACCAUGAAAAUUUUGCUGGUUUUUGACUUUGACAAUACAAUCAUAGAUGACAAUAGUGACACCUGGAUUAUACAAUGUGCACCAGAGAAAAAGCUUCCUAUUGAACUACAAGAUUCUUAUGAAAAGGGAUUUUGGACAGAAUUUAUGGGCAGAGUCUUUAAGUAUUUGGGAGAUGAAGGUGUAAGGGAAGAUGAAAUGAAAAGAGCAAUGACAUCCAUGCCUUUCACUCCAGGAAUGGUGGAACUUUUACACUUUAUACGAAUGAAAAAAGAUAAAUUUGACUGCAUCAUUAUUUCGGAUUCAAAUUCAGUCUUCAUUGAUUGGGUUUUGGAAGCUACCAAUUUCCAUGAUGUGUUCAGUAAAGUGUUUACAAAUCCAGCAGCUUUUGAUAGCAGUGGGCAUCUCACUGUGGAAAAUUACCAUGCUCAUUCUUGUAAUAGGUGCCCCCAAAAUCUUUGCAAGAAUGUAGUUUUGGUAGAAUUUAUAGAUAAACAGUUACAGCAGGGAGUGAAUUAUACCCAAAUUGUUUAUAUAGGUGAUGGUGGAAAUGAUGUCUGCCCAGUAACCUUUUUAAAGAAGAAUGAUGUUGCCAUGCCACGGAAAGGAUACACUUUACAGAAAACUCUUUCCAGAAUGUCUCAAAAUCUUGAGCCUAUGGAAUCUUCUGUUGUAGUUUGGUCUUCAGGUGUUGAAAUAAUUUCUCAUUUACAAUUUCUAAUAAAGGAAUAAUAUGCCAA